AUGAUAAAUACACAGUACCAACUGCGAGUGAUCGAAGGAAAGCCCACCUCUAUAGACAGAUACCCGAUAGUUGCACAGCUGUUGCUAGAUACGUGGGGCGACAGAAACUUUAUACAGCACUGUGCAGGUGUUAUCCUAACAUCUAGGCAUGUCGUAUCCACUGCACACUGUUUUCAAUACAACGAAAGUACCGGAAGAAACUACAGUCUACCUAAAUACUGGAGGGUUCGCGUAGGUUCCUCUUACAGGUCCCGAGGAGGUUUCAUCCAUGGCUUGAAAACAAUCAUAACUCAUCGUGGCUUCGAUCAGCUUUAUUACACCAAUGAUAUCGCAAUGGUCGUUGUGACUAAAACAUUUAUAUUUAGUCCAAAAGUAAGACAAGGAACUAUUGUGAAGUAUGGAACCGAAAUAAGUCCGAAUUCUAUUUGUACCCUUAUCGGAUGGGGAGUUAAAGAGCCUGACGGAGCUCAACCGGAACAAUUGCAAAGCACAGCACUAUUUACAAUAGAUCAAGAUGUAUGUAGAAAUCGUUACGCCACAAUCCGGGCACUGAUUUCUGAUUCAAUGUUAUGUGCUGGACGCGUUGAAGCUGGCGGUCCAGAUGGUUGCUAUGGAGACUCUGGUGGGCCAUUAAUAUACAAAGGCCUUGUAGUAGGCCUCGUAUCUUUCGGUUACUCUUGCGGUCAUCGAUACUACCCUGGUGUCUACACUAAAAUCUCUCAUUAUACAGAUUGGAUAGUAAAAACAGUUUUGACUAAUAAAUAA